AUGUCGGCGGCGACCGCAACGGCGGCGGCGGUGGCCGAGGCCAACCAGUGCCGGAAGAUGGUUUCCAUCGACAUCGGGACUACUUUCACAAAGUGUGCACUUGUCCAUCUGAAGCCGGGACAUGAGCACGAGAUCCAAGUGGUCAUCGGCUAG